AUGGCCAUCGAUAUGGCAUCCAAGCCCCACCGCACCGACAGCGCCUCCGUCAUCGCAGUCGCAGAACGCGAAUGCGGACGGCUAGUUUGGGACGAAGACAGCCAAAAGUACUACCUCGUGCACCCUGCCCUCUCCACCCCCUUUGUCAUAUCCAUCUCUUCCUCGCCAGCGUGGUCAAGAGUAGAGUAUACGUUGGAGCACCCUGAAUUAGCCCACAACAUCGUGAGGCUUGUGCGAGAUGGAGCCGGGACGGGAUUUUUGGAGAUCGAUACUAGUGUUGCGAGUCGUAUUGAUGCGUUUUAUGUUGUGGAUGUUGCGAUUUGCGCCGUGUUGCUUACGGCGAUUGAGGAAGAGAAGAAGCACAAGAUUGAGCAUUUUGAAGCCCCUCCUCCUAUCGGCCCGCAGGAAAGCCCAAAGGAAAAGGGGAGCAAAUGGAAGAGGAGUAGCAAGAUGCCUGUGAAGAUGGAGUCGUUCGAACUUGAUCUGGAAAGUCAGGAUAGUUUGAAAGGAAAAGGGGGUAAGGAGAAGAGCAAGGAGGAGAAAGUCCCGGGGUUCUUUGGGCUAAUAUGGAUGCUGAUCAAGUGUUUUGUGUGGACGAUCACGAUGAGCUUCAAGGCGCUGGCGAAGAUUGUUAUCUUUUUAAGUAAAUGUUUGACGAAGAAAUCAUGA